UUCAGCAGUCUUAUGGCUUGGGGGUAGAAGCUGUUCAGCAGUCUUAUAGCUUGGGGGUAGAAGCUGUUAAGGAGCAUUUUGGACCUAGACUUGGCACUCUGGUACCGCUUGCCGUGCAGUAGCAGAGAGAACAGUAUUUGACUAAGGCGGCUGGAGCAAUUUUGUUGGCCUUCUUCUGACAUCGCCUGGUAUAGUGGUUCUGGAUGGUAGGAAGUUUGCCCCCAGUGAUGUACUGGGCUGUACGCACUACCCUCUGUAGUGCCGUGCGGGCGGAUGCCGAGCAUUUGCCAUACCAGGCAGUGAUGCAACCAGUCAGGAUGCUCUAGAUGGUGCAGCUGUAGAACAUUUUGAAGAUAUAAUGACCCAUGGCAAAGCUUUUCAGUCUCUUGAGGACAAAUAGGCGUUGUCUUGCCCUCUUCACGACUGUCUGUCAUAGGUGUGUUUGGAACAUGAUAGUUUGUUGGUGAUGUGGACACCAAGAAAGUUGGAGCUCUCGACCUGCUCCACUACAGUCUCAUCGAUGUGAAUGGUGGUUUGCGUGGCCUUCCUUUUCCUCUAGUCCACGAUCAUCUCCUUUGUCUUAAUCACAUUGUGGGAGAGGUUGUUGUCCUGGCACCACACGGCCAGGUCUCUGACCUCCUCCCUAUCGGCUGUCUCGACGUUGCCAUUGUCGUUGGCAAACUCAUUGUCGUUGGAGUUGUGCUUGGUCACGCAGUUGUGGGUGAACAGGGAGUACAGGAGGGGACUAAGCAUGCGCCCCUGAGGGGCCUCUGUGUUGAGGAUCAGCGUGGAAGAUGUUGCUGCCUACCUUUACCACCUGGGGCCGGCCGUCAGAAAAUCCAGGAUCCAGUUGCAGAGGGAGGUGUUUAGUCCCAGGGUCCUUAGCUUAGUGAUGAGUUUAGUGAUGAGCUUUGAGCACACUAUGGUGCUGAAAGCUGAGCUGUAGUCAAUGAACCGCAUUCUCACAUAAGUGUUCCUUUUGUCCAGGUGGGAAAGGGCAGUGUGGAGUGCAAUAGAGAUUGUGUCAUCGGUGGAUCUAUUGGGGCGGUAUGCGAACUGGAGUGGGUCUAGGAUUUCUGGGAUGAUAGUGUUGAUGUAAGCCAUGACCAGCCUUUCAAAGCGCUUCAUUGCUACAGACGUGAGUUCUACGGGUUGAUAGUCAUUUCAGCAGGUUACCAUGGCAUUCUUGGGCACAUUGACUAUGGUGGCCUGCUUGAAACAUGUAGGUAUUACAGACUUGGUCAGGGUCUGGUGGAAAAUGUCAGUGAAAAAUCAAAUCAAAUGUAUUUGUCACAUACACAUGGUUAGCAGAUGUUAAUGCGAGUGUAGCGAAAUGCUUGUUCUUCUAGUUCCGACAAUGCAGUGAAGUGAAGACACUUGCAAAACGUCCUGAUAAUCUGUCUGGCCCUGCGGCCUUGUGAAUGUUGACCUGUUUAAAGGUCUUACUCAUCUGCUAUGAAGAGCAUGAUCACACAGUCAUCCAGAACAGUUGGUGCUCUCAUGCAUGCCUCAGUGUUGCUUGCCUCGAAGCAUAGAAGUCAUAUAUCACAUCUGGAAUCCUUGUGUCACUGGGAAGCUCGCGGCUGGUCUUCCCUUUUGUAGUCCAUAAUAGUCUGUACCUUACCCUAAGUUUCUUGAACGGAGCAUGCUUAUCUGCAAUAGAGUGUAGCAAAUAAGUAAACCAAUUUAGGGCCUGAUCCAAGUCAGAGAUAUCUGACACAAUCCCCCCAUUCAUACAUUCCCAGAUCAGACAAUAAUUGUUGCUCAUUGAAGUUCCUAUAAUUUCUCUUUGUAAUAAUGUGAGGCCAAGAUUUAGGUAGCUUUCCAUCUCUUAUGCAGGCAACGGACAAUGGUGACUAAACUCAUUAACAAAUAUUCCAUUGGCUGUAUACUUAUAAAGGGCAUUUGUCAAAAUAAUAUGUACAGUGGCAUGUGAAAGUAUUCACCCCCCUUGGCAUUUUUCCUAUUCUGUUGCCUUACAACCUGGAAUUAAAAUAGAUUUUUGGGAGGUUUGUAACAUUUGAUUUACACAACAUGCUUACCACUUUGAAGAUGCAAAAUUAAUUGUGAAACAAACACCAUAUAAGACAAAUAAACGGAACUUGAGCGUGCAUAACUAUAUUCACCACCCCCCCCCCCCAAGUCAAUACUUUGUUGACCCACCUUUUGCAGAAAUUACAGUUGCAAGUCUUUUAUUUUUUUAUUUCACCUUUAUUUAACCAGGCAGAUUAGUUGAGAACAAGUUCUCAUUUACAACUGCGACCUGGACAAGAUAAAGCAAAGCAGUGUGAACAGACAACAACAGAGAGUUACACAUGGAGUAAACAAUAAACAAGCCAAUAACACAAUAAACAAGUCAAUGACACAGUAGAAAAAAAUCAAGUCUAUAUACAUUGUGUGCAAAAGGCAUGAGGAGGUAGGCAAUAAAUAGGCCAUAGGAGCGAAUAAUUACAAUUUAGCAGAUUAACACUGGAGCGAUAAAUGAGCAGAUGAUGAUGUGCAAGUAGAGAUUUUCAUUUUUUUAUUUCACCUUUAUUUAACCAGGUAGGCUAGUUGAGAACAAGUUCUCAUUUACAACUGCGACCUGGCCAAGAUAAAGCAUAGCAGUGUGAACAGACAACAACAGAGUUACACAUGGAGUAAACAAUAAACAAGUCAAUAACACAGUAGAAAAAAAGUCUAUAUACAUUGUGUGCAAAAGGCAUGAGGAGGUAGGCGAAUAAUUACAAUUUAGCAGAUUAACACUGGAGUGAUAAAUGAUCAGAUGAUCAUGUGCAAGUAGAGAUACUGGUGUGCAAAAGAGCAGAAAAGUAAAUUAAAUAAAAACAGUAUGGGGAUGAGGUAGGUAGAUUGGGUGGGCUAUAUACAGAUGGACUAUGUACAGCCGCAGCGAUCGUUUAGCUGCUCAGAUAGUUGGUGAGGGAAAUAAAAGUCUCCAACUUCAGCGAUUUUUGCAAUUCGUUCCAGUCACUGGCAGCAGAGAACUGGAAGGAAAGGCGGCCAAAUGAGAUGUUGGCUUUGGGGAUGCUCAGUGAGAUAUACCUGCUGCAACGUGUACUACGGGUGGGUGUUGUUAUCGUGAACUGAGAUAAGGCGGAGCUUUACCUAGCAUAGAGUUAUAGAUAACCCGGAGCCAAUGGGUCUGGCGAUGAAUAUGUAGCGAGGGCCAGCCGACUAGAGCAUACAGGUCGCAGUGGUGGGUGGUAUAAGGGGAUUUGGUAACAAAACGGAUGGCGCUGUGAUAGACUGCAUCCAGUUUGCUGAGUAGAGUAUUGGAAGCUAUUUUGUAGAUGACAUCGCCAAAGUCAAGGAUCGGUAGGAUAGUCAGUUUUACUAGGGUACGUUUGGCGGAGUGAGUGAAGGAGGCUUUGUUGCGAAAUAGAAAGCCGAUUCUAGAUUUUAUUUUUGAUUGGAGACUGUAAACUCUGGAAGGAGAGUUUACAGUCUAGCCGGACACCUAGGUAUUUAUAGUUGUCCACAUAUUCUAGGUCGGAACCGUCCAAGGUGGUGAUGCUAGUCGGGCGGAAGCGGGCAACAAACGGUUGUAAAACCAAAUGCAUGCUUUUCUAGCGUUUAAGAGCAGUUGGAGGCCACGGAAGGAGUGUUGUAUGGCAUUGAAGCUUGUUUGGAGGUUAGAUAGCACAGUGUCCAGGGAAGGGCCAGAAGUAUACAGAAUGGUGUCGUCUGCAUAGAGGUUUAUCAGGGAAUCGCAGCAAGAUCGACAUCAUUGAUAUAUACAGAGAAAAGAGUCGGCCCGAUAAUUUAACCCUGUGGUACCCCCAUAGAGAUUGCCAGAGGUCCAGACAAGUUGCCAGAGAGUGGUCUCUUUGGGUAUGUCUCUAUAAGCUGGGCACAUCUAGCCACUCAGAUUUUUGCUCAUUCUUCAAGGCAGAACUGCUCCAGCUCCUUCAAGUUGGAUGGGUUCCGCUGGUGUACAGCAAUCUUUAAGUCAUACCACAGAUUCUCAAUUGGAUUGAGGUCUGGGCUUUGACUAGGCCAUUCCAAGACAUUUAAAUGUUUCCCCUUAAACCACCCGAGUGUUACUUUAGCAGUAUGCUUAGGGUCAUUGUCCUGCUCGAAAGUGAACCUCCGUACCAGACUCAAAUCUCUGGAAGACUGAAACAGGUUUCUCUCAAGAAUUUCCCCGUAUUUAGCACCAUCCAUCAUUCCUUCAAUUCUGACCAGUUUCCCAGUCCAUGCCAAUGGAAAAACGUCCCCCCUCAUGAUGCUGCCACCACUGUGCUUCACUGUGGGGAUGUUGUUCUCGGGGUGAUGAGGGGUGUUGGGUUUGCGCCAGACAUAGCGUUUUCCUUGAUGUCCAAAAAGGGGAGAAAAAUCAGAUCUGAAAAGAGUACCUUCUUCCAUAUGUUUGGGGGUCUCCCACAUGCCUUUUGGCGAAGCGCAAACGUGUUUGCUUAUUUUCUUCUUUAAACAAUGGCUUUUUUUCUGGCUAAUCUUUCGUAAAGCCCAGCUCUGUGGAGUGUAUGGCUUAAAAUGGUCCUAUGGACAGAUACUCCAUUCUCCGCUGUGGAACUUGGCAGCUCCUUCAGGGUUAUCUUUGGUCUCUUUGUUGCCUCUGAUUAAUACCCUCCUUGCCUGGUCCAUGAGUAUUGGUGGGCAGCCCUCUCUUGGCAGGUUUGUUGCGGUGCCAUAUUUUUUUAUAAUGGAUUUAAUGGUGCUCCGUGGGAUGUUCAAAGUUUCUGAUAUUUUUUAUAACCCAUCCCUGAUCUGUACCUCUCCACAACUUUGUCCCUGACCUGUUUGGAGAGCUCCUUGGUCUUCGUGGUGACGCUUGCUUGGUAGUGCCCCUUGCUUAGUGGUGUUGCAGACUCUGGGGCCUUUUGUGACAGGUCAUGUGACACUAGAAGGCACACAGGUGGAGUUUAUUUAACAAGUUAUUUGACUUCUGAAGAUAAUUGGUUGCACCAGAUCUUAUUUAGGGGCUUCAUAGCAAAUCGGGUAAAUACAAGUGCACAUAUUUUUUACAAAAUAGGAAAAACUCCAAGGGCGAUGAAUACUUUUGCAAGGCACUGUAAAAUAGAUUUUUCAGUGUGUUUAAAGUUGAGGCGGCUUCGUUCAGUUAUCAAAUGAGGCUGAAAGAUAUCAGCAUAUCAGAAACUGACAUGAACUAAUCCAGAUUAAUAUCACCCAAAAUUAAUCUUUCAGAUUCACCAAGUUAGAUAGCAUGUCAGACAAUUGGCGAAGAGCACAUGUUGAAAAUGUAAGUUGUCUUUUGUAAAUCUGACGACACCUUCACCUCUGCCAGAUCUAUAACCAGCCAGAGACACGUCAGUAUCCGGCACAGUCUUCUUUAGCCAAGUUUCAGAUAUUACCAGAAUUUCCACGUUAGUUUGAGAAGCCCAAAUUAUAUAUAGGGGCACCAGGUGAGGUAAGUCUAGGAAAAGACAAUAAGAUACACACACACACACACCAAUACCAAUACAUCUGAAAAGACUGGGGAUUUAUUUUAAUCAAAGUCAAAACAUUCAGGUCCACUUAAGGUGAAGACUAACUGUCACCUUUGACCUCUUACCUCUGCAGGCCCUCCGGCUGUCCUCUCUGCUGUGUCCUGGCUUCUGACUGCUGAUUGGAACUGGCCUGGUGUGCUUAUAGGUGUGUGAGAGAUUGUAAGGAGAUGAAGUCCAGUAUGCGUCAGUGGCGGAGGCUGCUAUUGGUGGGCAUUUUGGCAUGGGCCCUCCUCUUCCUGGCUCUGCUCUCCUACUUCCUGGAUACCCCUGUGCACAACGAGCCCCUGACCUCCGCCAGCUCCUCGCUCUCCCAGCACCCCGACACACGUCGCCUGGCCUCCAUCCAAGGCGCCUCCCACCAGCAGCACCGCUCCAUCAUGGGCUCCCAGCCCGAACCCACCUACAACACCUUUACCACAGAAUAUCCCGACCAAGACCCUAACCAUUACCCAGACUCCGAGCCUAGCUCCUCCUCCACCACCCCUGAGCCUGGCCUGGAGCUGAGCUACGGGACCAGCCAAGAGACAGAGGGGGGCAGCCGCCAGCAGCAGGACUACCUGGACGCCCAGACCCUGGCUGCCUGGUCCUCCUCUAGUACGGAGAACGUGGGUUCCCACUCCGACCAGACAGUAACUCGAAACAGUGAGAGACCUGCCUGGACCGCCGGCCGGGGGCCCAACCGAACCACACGCCGGUCCUCACGUGAGGAUGAAGAAGAUGAGGAGGGGGUAGAGACGAACAAAAGCCACAAGAGGUGGCUCAUGGUGGGGGAUCAUGGGGGGGAGAGGCGAGGAAAAGAAGAGGAGGGUUUAGAGGAGGACUACUCCUCCAAGUCUGCCUCACUGGUGCAGCGACUCUGGCGGGGAAAAGUAUCCUCUGGGAUGCUGUCCCCGCGACUGCAGCGCGCCAAGCGGGACUACCUGAGUGCCAACAAGCACCACGUAUCCUAUAAAGGAGGCCGGCGAGCUGCUCAGAGCUCCAGGGAACUACUGUGUGAGCUGAAGGACCAGGCCCGGCUAAGGACGCUGGACGGGUCUGAGCAGCCUUUCUCUUCACUGGGCUGGGCCCGCUUGGUACCGCGCCUGGCCCUGGAGCAGCUCUACAGACAAGGGGGCCAGAGAGGCUUUAGGAGCUGUGCUGUGGUGACCUCUGCUGGGGCUAUUUUGCACUCAGGCCUGGGGAAGGAGAUCGAUUCCCAUGAUGCAGUUCUGCGGUUCAACACAGCACCUACAGAGGGCUAUGAGAGGGACGUGGGGAACAAGACCACCAUCCGCAUCAUUAACUCGCAGAUCCUGGCCAAUCCUGAUCACCGCUUCAACACCAGCUCCCUGUAUAAGAACGUGACUCUGGUGGCCUGGGACCCUGCUCCGUAUGCUGUCAACCUACACAAGUGGUAUGCCAGUCCAGACUAUAACCUGUUCAGUCCGUACGUGGAGCACCGGAGGCUCCACCCCACCCAGCCCUUCUACGUCCUACACCCGAAAUAUGUGUGGCAUCUCUGGGACGUGAUCCAGGGCAACACCCAGGAGACCAUCCAGCCCAACCCACCCUCCUCUGGGUUUAUAGGCAUCCUCCUGAUGAUGGCGCUGUGCGACGAGGUCCAUGUGUACGAGUACAUCCCCUCGCUGCGGCAGACAGACCUGUGCCAUUACCACGAGCGCUACUACGACGCUGCAUGCACCCUGGGGGCGUACCACCCGCUGCUCUAUGAGAAGAGUCUGGUGCAGCGCAUCAACACAGGCCCUGUGAGAGACCUGAAGAGGAAGGGCCGUGUCACCCUCCCCGGCUUCAACACCGUCAACUGUGAACUCUGAACUAGGAAGCCACACAUGGAACCACCAUGACUCCACGCGUCUAAGGGAAAACGGUGCAAUAAGAACCCUCUGGACUCUGACCUUAGGGGGAAUCCAGAGGCAACCAUGUAGAACCACGUAUAACAGUGGAGAACCUAAGCCAUAGCCCCUCUGUGUGGGAUGGGAUCAAACUGAAGGGUACAGCUCUAGUCUAACUACAUAAAUCAGGAUUUAUCAACAGAACCCACAUCGGUCAAAACCUUGCCUUCCUUAGAGGCAGGGUUGGGUAGGUUACUUUCUAAAUGUAAUCAACUACAGUUACUAAUUACCUGUCCAAAAUUGUAAUCGGUAAUGUCAUUUUUGGAUUACCCAAACUCCGUAACGUAAUCUGAUUACGCUCAGUUACUUUUGGAUUACGUAGAAGAAGACAAAAAGAUCCAUCAAAUGCAUUUGGUGUGUCAUCAUAGUGGUCUUUGAUUGGUGGUCAUCAUUUGGUGUGCCAUCAUAGUGGUCUCUGACUUGUGGUCAGACUCGCUCAGGUGGAACAAACUUAACCUUGCCCCUUUUUUUCAAUGCUUAAUUGAAUGUCACUGAGAAAACAGAAAGGUGUCAUAAUGUAUUUUUUCGCAAACAUUCUAAAUUAAAAAGUAAUCCAAAAAGUAUUGAGCUAGUUUUUCAAAAGUAUCUGUAAUCUGAUGAUAAUAUUUUUGCUGGUAACGUAACUGAUUACAGUUACCAGUUGUUGUAAUCAGAUUACAUUCAAUCAGCUACUUUUCAACCCUCUUCAGAGGGUUAACAAGCCCAAGACAUGCCCAAUAUGACCACCUCUAUCUCUGCCAUUGCUGAGCCGGAAGAGAGAAGAGCUGUCUAGGGUAGCAAUAGAAACGUGUUUUUAGAUAGAGAAACGUUUUUGAUAUAUUUGGAUGUUUUUUGCUGUUGUGAAGCAUUGUUUCUCCAGAGCUCUGGUUGCUCUUCUUUCUUAAAAGGACAGUCCACAGUUUUUUUAAUGGUGGGUGUUUGUGUUUUUUAAUGGUGGGUUAUGGCUCUCAUGGGGCGGUAAAUUAAUGUUUAAGACAAUGAGCAGUGGUCCGCACUGAAUGUCUCACACACGUCCAUAUCGAACACACACUUUUGAAAAGGUACAAACUCUGCGUCCACCAGCCACACUCCCGACAACAUGUAACACACCUGAAGUUGUAUUGGAAAUGUACCUUAAAACAAUACAUACACAACACACACCUGUACACUGUACAUACAGGCACACUGGAACUACACCAAACCCUCUUCGCCUUCUAAGUAUUAUCUAACCAAGAUGGAGGUACAUUGUUUUUGAUCUACAACUGUCACAUGUUGCUGUAUUUGACAUUCCUUAAAUGUUAUUUUCUAUUCUUAUUUGUUGUUGUCAAUGAUUUUGAGUGUUUGCUGCUACUGCGCUUUAUGUUACUCUCCUGUCCAAUCCCCAAGCUUGACUACACCGGACCAGUUGCCAAUAAACAGAUUGUCACACUCCCCACUUAGCACUUUAAGACUGGCUAAUGACAGGCUGCCACUUCAAAGGCAUGGCUGGUGGGUAGUUGGGUACCAAACCCUGGAAAAAACAUUGGUUGCCCAUUCUUAGGUUUAAUCCAGUACACCAAAUGAUGAGAGGCUAGUGGAAAGGAGCUAGGUGGUAAGAGAAAGGACUCACAAAACGUUCUCAAAACAGCUAUAACCCUGUGCCUAGUGGCCAAAAGAACACUGGGUUGCCUUUCAAAACACCCUCAGACUGAUUCUUCACAUAUGCCAUCCAUUUAACUGCAGUGUCAUUGUUUAACUUUUUGUUGCUUAUUUCAUUGUUUAAUAGCUGAGAUUUAAAGAAGCCUGCUAAUCCGCCCAUUGCUCAAACCGUCCUGUGUUCUAUUAGUGGCGAGUAGGAGAGAUCUCUAGUCAAAUUCCCAUACUGUCCAGUGUCCACCCCAUGCCAAAAGGCAAUCUGACGUCUCUUUAAAAGCAGCUGUAGCUACUGCGCUGAUUGACCUGCCACUUUGAAUGUAAUCAAACCUCUCCUUAGGGCACUUCUCUCUACGAGCACUACCCUGACUGUGUGCCAUUUGAUGGAGUCAAGAGAAUGAGGGUUUCAGUCUGCAGGGUUCAGUAGCUAGCCUGCCUCCCAGGCAUACAGCAGAGCGUAGUCUAGUUCUACCUUGAGACUAUCGUUCAUUAUGUCUUUACCGUCGUCAUUUUGACUCAAUACUCCAAUAUUGGUCUGAAAUGACUAUUUUGCCUGAGCUUGCAGCAGCCUGCCCUGGUGCGCUGCCGGAGGACAUUUCUUAUAUGGCAGGGAUUUCAAGCAGUAAUAUCUCCAGACUCACUUUGUGUUUUAAUGGCUUUGUUAUUUACCCUGACUCUGUGCCAGACUUGCCUACAGUAUAUUUCAGCUAGCUAUUGUGUGUGUGUGUGUGGAAAGGAAAGGAGAUGGGGGAUUUCUCAGAGACCUAGUCUAAUAGUUUGUUUUGUAGGAUCAAUAUCUGGCCAUGCUGGAAUGGACAAUGGAGGCUCAGUUGUUUCCAACCACAAAUCCGCUUACAACUACUAAGCCUCACCUUUAUCCCCAGCUGACCCAAUGAAAACAAACAGAUCAUGUACUUGUCCAUCUAACCUAUUUGUCACUGUAGUUCUCUCUGUAGUGGCCAGCUAGUGACCAUUCCCUGGCCAGGGAAAACAUGUAAGGGGUUGAUAUUGGCAGUCAGUGACAGAAUGCAGAUAAGAGAUGUGUGUUAUUCUGUAAUGUGUUGCUAUGCUCCAGGAACCAUGUUUAACCAGGGUUGCAUAAAGGAAUUGAUUCAGUUCUACACAUGGCAAACUAACGCUGCUUGGGAUAAACCGAGGCAACUGUUGUUGUAUUCAGGUGAUAGAAGAGAGACCGAACAGGAAUACCAUUUAGAGUUAGAGCUGUUUUAAAUCUGUGAUGUGAAGGCUGUGUCGGUAUGAGGGGAACUCUGAUGGCUCUGCAAUUUUUUGAAUUUCUUGUAGUAUUGUAUGUUCUUAUUACAUUGAAUGUUGUACAUUUUUUAUAAAUUGUGUUCAUGCAGGGCUCCUUUGGACAGAGUCCUUUGUAUUCAAUGGAACUCCCUGUAGAAAUAAAGGUUAAAUAAAAAUAAAUAAAGCAUUGGCAGUAGUUUGGGGAGCUAACGCAAGUUCAGGUCUCAGGCAAGGUUACUCAGCACGCAAGCGUGGUUCCGAAUAACUGUUACACUGGCACCCCAGGCAAGCAAAAUAUCACACCUGAUGGAAAGAAAAUAUUGGCUUUGAGGAGCCAGACGCACCACUGUGUCAUAUGAUCGCCUAGGGCCAACUUCUCACUGAGAUCUGAGGGAAACAAGGCUGUUGUGAAGCUGUCUGGAAGAGUCUCUUACACACAGUAUAUCAGAAGUAUCAUCUCUGAUUCAUCUCCAUGCGUUGUUUAUUAUUGAUGUUUAACUAGGGUUACAAGGGGAGGGUGCAUUACUGGAAUCUUUUGAAGUUUUCCAGUAAAAUACCAGAAUUUGGUAUCUUAAAAAGAUUUUAUGUACUCUUUCACAAGAUAUCUAGUGGCCCAUUUGGGUACUUCAGAAAAUCAUGGGUGUCUGUAAUUAUCUCUGGCCCUCUGUGUGGCCUUAUCACACAUAAGAUAUUUCUCAAAAUGAUGACAGCCGUAAAACAUGAUCCUAAUGAUAAACCAUGGACUUGGUGAAUACCACUGGUGUUUUAAUAUGAGGCUUUCAGCAUGAAGUUUCCUUUUUAUUUUUUUACACGUAUUUCUUCAUGUUUUGGUGUCAAACUGGUGGCAUUUGUGUAAAAAGUCAAUAAAUGGAAGAGUUGCAGUUAAUUGAAGAUAA